AUGCCUGAGGUGGCAACUGCAGUGAAGGCAGCGAAGCCGUCACUGACUAAAGUCACCAAGGAGCUGCCGAAGAAGCAGAGGAUAUCUCGCAAGCAGAGCUAUUCCACUUACGUGUACAGGAUGCUGACCCAGGUCCAUCCUUCCACCAGGAUCUCGUCCAAGUUCAUGAGCAUUAUGAAUUCCUUUGUUGUCAACAUUUUCGAACGCAUCGCUUCUGAGGCUUCGCACCUCAUUCACUACAACAAGCGCCACACCAUCUCGGCCAGGGAGAUCCAGAUUGCCAUCUGCCUCAUGCUGCCAGGGGAACUGGCCAAACUCUGA